CUGACGAUUGGCCUAAGCAGGGAAAGUGCAGCGGCUCUCGAGACUUGGUAACGACAGUCCUAGAGCAUACAAGGACGGCGGACUCACCGAACAUAUCCAUAUAAUCGACAUACUUGCCAACGUGUCUGGCAGAUACAACUACCAUGGCUUCUAGCUCUAAACGGCCCGGUGUGGCAGCAAACAAAUCGGUUCUGACGCCGGUGAUGACUCUGGAGGGACAUGAACCAUACAUUUACACCUUGCCGAAUGGUGAUCGUCACGAGUUCAGAAGUGUUUCAUGCAUUGCCUAUUUUCCCGACGGCAAGCAAAUGAUCAGCGGAUCAUACGAUAAGACCAUUUGGCGAUGGGACCUGCGGGAGGGUGAGGAGAUCAAGGAGACUCGGGAGGUUUGCGAGGAAUACAUAUCUGCAGUGGGGGUAUCAAGGGAUGGUCGAUGGGUUGUCACUGCAGUUGGUGAGGUGCUCAAAGUCUGUGAGGUUGAGACGGGGAUCCACGCUGCUAGCGGGUGGGUCAUCCGAUGGGACAGCGUGGAUAUGGUGCUUGGACACAGGCAAACUCGUGGCUGGUCCAUUCAAAUUUGAUUUUGUGAACGUACUUCGAUUCUCGGAAGACUCGAGGAAACUGGCAGUGAUGUCAAAUUGGGGCGAGUGCCUUCAGGUGUGGGAUGUCCAAGCACAGAAAUUGGAUGUCACUAGAGAAAAAUCUGGAGCUCCUGUAUAUCAUUGGUCAAUUCUGCCAUUAUUUUGGACAACGAAAGACAAAUCCAUCAUAGCCGCACCCUGCUUCACGGAUGACUCCACCAUCGAGGGACCCAAGACAAUCUAUGAGUUCGACGCGUCCACGCUCGAGACUGUCAGAGAUCCCUUCGAAGGGCACACCGGCAGCAUCUGUGGUCUAACACUCUCCUCCGAUUGUGUUCUUCUCGCCAGUGCUUCCUACGACAAUACCAUCAAGCUCUGGUCCUUCGAGUCCCGUCAGCUCCUCGCCUCAUUCGACGUCCAAGAUCCUUAUUUCCUUACACUCUCACCCGACUCAUGCCAACUGGCUUACACGACAUUUAACGAGCCAAAGAUCUACGUAUGCGACAUUCCAGUCAACAUCCUCGCUAGCAUCGGACUUGCAAAAAAGACAAGCGGUCCUGAAUCCUCACACCUCGCUAAGCUACUCAACUCUGACGCAACACGCCAUACUGUGCGUCGUAAACCACCAAUAUCGGUCAUAUCUUCCGCCCCCGGCCCGCUGACAGAUACAAUUGACCCCCCGCGAUCCGUUUUCCUCGGCUUUCUACACAAACUCCUCCCUUCUUCUCGUAUGGACACAGUUCGUCCCAUUCGCACCAAUGAACCUUGUAAUCUCCUGGACUUCUCUGCUACAGCGCCCUUACCUCGUCCACUUGUAAAUCCCCACGAGAAUUUUCAGCCACCGACUACCCAGUCCUCUGCCCUUGCUUCCACACCCUUCAAAUCCCGCCUACACCGUCUGUCAACCUGGUGGCCCCUUCAGACAGAUCAUGCAUCGCCAGCUAUGGUCGACGUUCCACUUGCGCAGGGUAAAGAGCGGAACGCUGCAGCAGAUGCUCCACAGAAAGACGAUCAAUGGAUACCUGAUGAAGAUCAUGUUUCUCCUCCUCCUUCGCCCAACCCAGAUUCGCGACAGCUGACCACACCAAGGCAGGUCAAGACCAAUACCGGAGAGCACGGAAGCAGCCGGUUGUGUUUCUGCUUUUAAAUUGACUUUUCGAACGCUUGUAUGUAUAGUGUAUUUUACGGAACGCAAGGCAUAUCACAGUGCAUUUCUGUUUGUGGCUUAGUUUGCAAAUGCUGAUCACUCCUUGGAGUGCGAACGACUCGGACACUCCCUGUUGAAUUUCGAAGUGCUCAACGCUAAUAUAUCCGCACC